UCUUCUGCGUUUGUGUUUGUCAAAACAAAAUUGAAACCAAAAAACUCGCUUAAAUCGUUUCGCAGCGCUAAAACCCUUGAAUUUCGGUCUAUUCAUGUGUUCCCCAGCAAGUGACUGUCCCGCGCAACUUGGCCUUAUGACUACCGCCGCCAUUUGAGUGCCUCGCAAAAUCUGAGCGUCUGAGCGUGAAUCUGAAAAAAACUGGACAUGUUUCGCUCGAUUUGAAAUCUCAUUUAAAGACGCACCUCCGUCAUGCUGCAGUACAAGAGUGCGGCGAGCAGUGCGCCCCCGGCCACGCCCACAACGGCGGGCGGUUCCUCCUCGGGCGCCAAGGCGGCGCCACCAAAUGGAGGAGCAAGUGCAGCAGCACAGGCGCAGGGUGCUCCCGGGGCACCCACCAUGCAGCAGAUCAUCAACAUCCACCAGAUGCCACCUCAGUUUGCCGCCGCUGGAGGAUCGGUAGCCAAUGGCGGUCAGAGCGCUGGGAUGCCGCAGAAUAUGUUCCAGAUUGUCCAGCCGAUGCCCAUGCAAACGGUGAAUAUCGACGGCCAGGAGGCCAUCUUCAUACCCAACCUGAAUGCCCAGCUGGCCACCGCACAGGCGGUUAACUUUAAUGGGCAGCAGGCUUUUAUCACGCCCAGUGGGCAGAUUUUGAGGGCCCCCCAGGCACCUCCAACUGCCUCCAACUGCAUCCAGCUGCAGCAGUUGAACGGUUUGGGCCAGGAGCAGACCCAGCUGAUCACCAUACCGGGCACGAAUAUACAAAUACCCGUCACCAAUCUCAUCCAGCAGCAGCAGCAAGUGCAGCAGGUACAGCAGGUGCAGCAGUUGCAACAGGGUGCAGUGCAGCAGCAGGCGGCGCAGGGCGCUCCUCCUCCAGGAGGCAAUGCAGCGGGAGGAGGAGGAGGAACCAACAGCAUCACCAUCCCAGGAACCAACCUCCAAAUACCCACCUCCGUGGCAGCGGCCAAUGGGCUGCUGGGAAACCUCUCCAAUCUUCUAGGCGCCGGACAAUCCAUCAAACUCGAGAACGGCCAGCUGCAGAUGCGUCCACAGCUGGUGCAGUUCCCCUCGCAGGCCAUCCAGCAGCCGCAACAGCAAACGGUGGCCGUGCAAAUACCCGUGCAGACUGCCAAUGGACAGACCAUCUACCAAACGGUCCAUGUGCCUGUACAGGCAGCUGGAACAGCGGGUCUGAUGCAGGCCCAAUCCCUGCAGAUGCCCGCCGCCCAAUCACAGAUGCAAAUCAUCCCGCAGUUCUCGCAGAUUGCCCAGAUUGUCACGCCCAACGGGCAGAUUCAGCAGGUGCAACUGGCCAUGCCGUAUCCACAGUUGCCGCCCAAUGCCAACAUCAUACAUAUACAGAAUCCACAGCAGCAGGUUCAGCAACAGGUUCAUCAGCAGCAGCAGCAACAGCAGGUUCAGCAGGCGCAACAGCAACAGCAGGCGCAGCAGCAACAUCAGCAGCUCCUGCAGGCCAUCAGUGAAGCCUCGGCGGGUGGACAACUGCCGCCCAAUCAGCCCAUCACCAUCACGAAUGCCCAGGGUCAACAACUCACGGUGAUUCCCGCUCAACUGAGACAGAGUGCUGCUCCAGCGAAUCCUGCGCCCGCUGCAGCCGCCGUGCCCACGCAAAUGCAGCUGCCUAAUCUGCAGGCUUUGCCUAUUCAGAAUAUCCCUGGUUUGGGUCAGGUGCAGAUCAUUCAUGCCAACCAGUUGCCGCCCAAUCUGCCGGCCAAUUUCCAGCAGGUGCUCACCCAACUGCCCAUGUCGCAGGCUCAGGCGGUGCAAUCCCAGGUGCAAACCCAGGUGAUGCCCAAGCAGGAGCCGCAGAGUCCCACGCAGAUGAUCACUAGUAUCAAGCAGGAGCCGCCGGAUAAUCCUCCAACCGCCGCCUCCACGCCGAGCACAUCUUCACCUCAGCAGCAGCAGCAACAGCAGCAGCAGCAGAUCCUCUCCAGCCUCAGCAUACCAGCCUCCAUUCAGAUUACGGCUCUUCCACAACCAACGAGCAAUACAGCGAGUAACCCAGCAGUUCCUGCAGCGCCUGCUCCUCCUCCUCAACCGAUUUCUCUCCCUCUUUCUGUGGCAAGAAGUAAAGCUAGCCUGGUCAGCACUUCGAGCACCCAGAUAACGAUGACCACGCAGGCCAGGCAAGCAACGGCUGCGAGCAUAAGGAGCACAAACAGCGGCUCAACGACGAUAACAACGCCUUCGCCGGCUAAUCUAAAUGUGAGCAUCAGUGUGGCGAGUGCAACUGGAGUAACAACUCCCGCUGGAGAAUCGAAACCCCGGCUGAAGCGAGUGGCCUGCACGUGUCCCAAUUGCACGGAUGGCGAGAAGCAUUCGGAUAAGAAGCGCCAGCACAUCUGUCACAUCCCCGGUUGCGCAAAGGUUUACGGCAAGACGUCGCAUCUAAGGGCCCAUUUGCGUUGGCAUACUGGAGAGCGACCCUUCGUCUGCUCCUGGGUUUUCUGCGGCAAGCGCUUCACCCGCUCGGAUGAGUUGCAGCGCCACCGAAGGACGCACACAGGGGAGAAGCGUUUCCAGUGCCGCGAGUGCAACAAGAAGUUCAUGCGCAGCGAUCAUUUGUCUAAGCACAUCAAAACCCACUUCAAGAGCCGCUCCGGAGUGGAGCUAAUCGAGCUGAGCAUCAAGCAGGAGGGCGGAAAGAGCGGGAAUGGACCGAAAAGCAUCAGCACGAUGAGCGGCAUGGUUACAAUAGAAAUACCCGGCGGCGGCGGAGCCUCCAGUGUGGCGGCCACGGUUGCGGGCUCAACUGUGACGCCUGGCGGGGCUACAAUAGUUCAGCUGCCGAAUGCGGAGGACGAGGAAGAGGAGGAGGAUGAGGAUUUAGAUGAAGAUGGGGAGAUGGAUGAAGAGGAUGUCGACGACGAUGGCGAGGAGUUCGACGAGGACGAACUGGAUGAUUGCGAGGAUGACUGUGAGGAGGAUGAGGACCCUGAACUGGAUAGCGGCGAUGAGGCCAAGAUGACCAUUGCGGAGUCGUCCAACUAGCAUUCGGAGUCGCUGUUCAUGGAACAGUUCUUGUUUGACCACUUUCCGUAGCACCCACCGCCCCCAUGCCCCCCUGCCACGCCCCCUGGGACCAUGUAAACUAGCUAUAAAAAUCAGGGACCCUAAAUAAUCGUUAUUUGAGAUUUUUAUCUUAAAAAGACUACUGUGAUAUUUGGUUUUAAACGUUCUUUUUA